GGUAUAAAAAUCGAAUGAGUCCAUUAAAAUAUCGGAUAAGAUCGCAUCCCUAACUGUCAUUGCCAAAAGAGAACCAAUCACAAUGUAAAGAAGCGCAAUCAAUCAAUAUCGAGAAAAGCGUGAGAAAACCUGAGAAAACAGGCAGUUCAUGUCAUUUACUCUUGUGCUAUAGAAUCUUAUUGUUGUCGUUAAGAUUAUAAUUAGAAGAUUGAUUAAAUAAAUUAUUGUGUUUUACAUAACAUUGGUGUCAUUCCGAUACCGCUACUCGAUUUAAAAAUGGUUUUCGAUGAAGAUGGAUGCGCUUUGUCCAUUCUGGCGAGCGUAUUUUUAACAAUCUUAUAUGUUGCAAGUUUAUAUGUAUGGAGGUCGAAGUUAAGCAGGGACCAUCCCACUACUAUCAAGAGACGAUUCUUCAGUGUCUCCUGCGUCAUGGUUGUUGCGCCCAUUGUGACACGGCUGUUCCUUAAAGAUUCAACAUUAAAUAAAGGCGACAUGUACGAACAAUUAGGACUGCGGUUGUCUGGACUUCUCUUUGCUUUUGUUACCCCACUAGCUCUUACUAUGAUUUUGUUCAUGGGCCCACUGACUAUGCAUUUCUUAUCUGGUGGUUGGAAGAUAUAUAUACAUCCAAUCUAUUGGUUUGCAAGCUGGCAAGAUCUGACCUGGGUGAGGAACCAUAUAAUGGCACCAAUCAGUGAGGAGUGGGUGUUUCGGGCCUGCAUGAUGCCUUUGCUACUGCAGUGUCUUGAGCCAUACACUGCUGUGUUUGUUGGUCCUUUGCUGUUCGGAAUUGCUCAUUUCCAUCACAUGUUUGAACAAAUUAAACUUGGACUUGAUCUUCGCUCUUCAAUAAUGAUCUCAGCUUUCCAGUUUAUGUAUACAUCUCUCUUUGGUGCAUACUCCGCCUACCUAUUCCUUCGAACUGGUCAUUUCGUCGCACCUCUCGCUGCUCACAUGUUCUGCAACCACAUGGGUUUCCCCAACUUUGGAGAUAUCCCUUACUACCCUCUCACUAAGCGUCUCCUCAUCAUCAGCAACAUGGUGUUAGGCUUCAUUAUCUGGUGCAAUCUUCUCACACCGUUAACCGAACCCGCGUAUUAUGACAACAAAUUGUAUUGGCCCUCGCGAUUCCAAACACUGAAUGAUAUCUCAUUAUUCUAAAUUAGUAGUGUUUUAUUAUGAUUGAGGAUUCUCUCAUAUUAUUCAUUGAUGUUGUGAAUUCAAUGUGUCCAAGCUAUAACACGUAAGGUUGAAUUAAAUUAUGACAUGACUGCAGUAACGGUUUUGGCUGUACAAGUGCUCUGGGCGAGACUUCUAUCGAUUGUGUAAUUCACAGACCUUGUAGCAUCCCUUACCAGCGCCCUGGGCGGAUGCCCAACCGCGCCCUACCCUAAGGCCCUGCAUGACUGGUUAAUCCAACAUAAACGAUAUUAAUAUUCAAUAAUAACAGUACAUAGUGUAAGUUGUAUUAGGAAGAAAAUUCGAUACUGUGCCGGUGUACUGGCGGAACACUACCGUUACUAAAAUGUCGACGUUUAUGU